UAUGAGCAGCAGUAAUCAGCAGUCAUGUAGUGUCAGCUCUCCUCUCUCUCUCUCUCUCUCUCCGUGUCCCGUGCUGUGACUCGCUCACGGCGGCUCCUCAUUGGCUGUCGGCGGCGGCGGACACCCAGGAGCAGGUCGCUCUCCUCGGUGCUGAAAAAUCGCUGCUCGUCGUGAUAAUGUGAAAACGGCGAUGAGGCCAGUCAGUAAACACCAAAAUGGACGAUGAUCUGUUCCAACUGAGACAGCUGCCUGUUGUCCGUUUCCGUCGCACAGGUGAGAGCGCACGCUCUGAAGAUGACUGCGAGAAUAGAGAGCAGGUUGUCAAGAUUGCAGAGCAGACUGACUUGGAGUCUGUGGCACUUGCCGAUGGAGCUCCAGUUCCUCGGGAGUUUGCGAAUCCGACUGAUGACACAUUCAUGGUUGAAGAUGCCGUAGAGGCCAUAGGCUUCGGGACAUUUCAAUGGAAACUCUCCAUCCUCACUGGUCUGUCAUGGAUGGCCGAUGCUAUGGAGAUGAUGAUCCUCAGCAUCUUAGCCCCGCAGCUCCACUGUGAAUGGAGACUGCCCAGCCUCGAGGUGGCACUGCUUACAUCGGCAGUGUUUAUUGGGAUGAUGAUCAGCUCUUCUCUGUGGGGAAACAUAUCUGACAAAUACGGCAGAAAAACAGGUCUUAAGAUGAGCGUGCUGUGGACUAUGUUCUACGGCCUCAUGAGUGCGUUUGCACCUGUUUAUGGGUGGAUCCUCGUCCUCCGUGCACUGGUGGGCUUUGGCAUUGGAGGAGCCCCACAGUCGGUGACCCUGUAUGCUGAAUUUCUGCCCAUGAAGUCCAGAGCCACAUGCAUCUUGCUGAUUGAGAUAUUUUGGGCACUGGGCACUGUGUUUGAGGUCCUCUUAGCGAUCUUGGUGAUGCCCACUUUGGGCUGGCGGUGGCUGCUUGGCCUUUCUACCAUUCCCCUCUUCAUCUUUGCCUUCCUAUGUUUUUGGCUCCCAGAGAGUGCUCGGUACGACGUGCUGACAGGGAACCAGGAAAAAGCUCUGGCCACCUUGAAGCGCAUUGCUACAGAGAACGGAGCACCAAUGCCACUGGGAAAACUUAUCGCUGCCAGACAGGAGGAUCGUGGGAAGAUUCGAGACUUAUUUUCAUCACACUUUCGCUGGACCACAGUUCUGCUGUGGUUUAUUUGGUUUGCUAAUGCCUUCUCUUACUAUGGACUGGUGCUGCUCACUACGGAGCUGUUUCAGGAGGGAGGUGCAUGUGGAAUGUCCAAAGGUAAUAAGAGGGAGCUCCGAUGCAGCUUGGAGUGUAAAUAUCUGAACUCUGACGACUACAAAGACCUGCUGUGGACCACAUUAUCUGAAUUCCCAGGGCUGCUGGUGACACUGUGGGCCAUCGAUCGACUGGGACGGAGGAAGACGAUGGCGUUGUGUUUCUUCAUCUUCUCUAUGUGCAUCAUUCCACUCUAUGGUUGUGUUGGGAGAACAUCCAUGACGGUGUUGAUAUUCAUCGCCCGGGCUUUCAUUGCAGGAGGAUUUCAGGCUGCAUAUGUGUACACACCAGAGGUGUACCCAACAGCGACCAGAGCUUUAGGUCUGGGAACAAGCAGUGGAAUGGCCAGAGUCGGUGCCCUCAUUACACCUUUUGUUGCACAGGUGAUGUUGGAGUCAUCUGUGUACCUCGCUCUCUCCGUGUACUGCUGCUGCUGCCUCCUAGCUGCCGUCGCCUCCUGUGCACUGCCAAUCGAGACAACAGGCCGGGGCCUGCAGGAGUCCAGCCACCGCGAGUGGGGACAGGAGAUGGUGGGCCGGGCCUCUUCUCAUGGCUCAGGGAAAAUCCCUCAGUCCAGCUCCGGCUCGCAGGGUUGAGGACACGUCCACUGGAGUACAACCGGGAGAGGAGACAGACCACGGAGAGGAAAAGAGGCAAGGAGAGACAAAGAAAGCUAGACCAGCUUUCUGUGUCCAUCUUCGGUCCCAACCUAUGACUCUUCAGUUUAGGUACUACAGUGGCUUCAGAGAGCCUGGCAGCACAAUAUUACAUGUUAUUAUUAUAUAGUCAACCACCAUUGCUGUCACAAUUUUGCCACCAAAUAACUGCACACAGGGUGACCGCAAAAGUGUGAGAAUAAAUGAUGGACGACGCGAGGUAUUUUUGAACAAACGAGAAAAUACUUCAAGCAAAGCAUUUGAAUCUUUUGCUUCUCUUGCGUCUUUUCUAAUGCAAGAGAGGCAAAGGAGAGUAAAGAGGGUGAAAGAGCCUUAAAACUACCUAUUCUCUUUGUGUCUGAGAGACAUACUCUGAACCUCAUGAAAAAGCUGUGUCUGUUAGCAUAAUGGACACAAAGUAGAUGCAUAGAUAAGAAGGAGCAUUAUCUUGUGCACACAAAUUGCCUGUUAAAAUACACUAAUUGUAAACCCAGCUUUAUAAAACAUACAGUGCUGGAGUGAAGGACAGUUCAUCCAAUCAACAGACCAUUAGAUUAAAUAAUGUCUGUGGUUACGUCACUAUGUUGAGGCAGUGAAAGGACAUACUACACAAUAAAACUUGUGUACUGUAAGCAUCCUUUUCAAAUCAUGUGUUAAUAUGUUCUUUAUUCUUGUGUCAGUAUUAUUUCACAUUUCAAAAAUGACGAAUAGGGAGGACAAACUCUACUAAUAAUGAAAAUACCACCUCACGUGUUGAUCAUUAUGUGGUUAUUUUAUUUAAUAACAUCAUGCAGCUGACAAAUAUUUCACAAUUUUAGCAGGACUGGGACAGAUCCUGAACUGAAGACAUUAUGUUAAGUUAACGCUGAAGUAUUAGAAAAAUAUAAAUCAGAGUAUUUUCAUCACCCAAAACUGAUUGAGCGUAGUGUUAAAUGAUUUUAAAAAACAACAUGGGAAUAAGGUUUUUACGAUCUAUAAACCAUGCUGCGUACCAUUUAGCAGGAUGUUAAAUUCUGUCUUUCUGUAAAUAAUGUAUCAAUACCUGGUUUUAGUUGUUGUCUUUUGUUUGUAACAAAAGUGACGUGGAGACGGACUCUGCUCUGUCCAAAGAGCAAAGUAUUGUUAAAAAAAGAGAUUAACUUGUACAGGUUCAGCAAGCUGAGUCUUACCUGCCAGUGUUUGAGAUAUAGUGCUGCAUUAAGUGUCUGUGUGCACAGAUUCUUGUCAAUGCACUGGAUGUAAAUGUGUAUGAUAUGACAGUAAAUAAUAUUUCAAAAUGAGCAGUGGAUUCAUGUUGUUGUUUUUGAUUUGACAAAGAUAUGACAUAA